UGAGUUGCUCGCAGGGCCUUCACCACGGACCUUCAUACCUGGAUGAGUGACUCUCCUUCGCUGCCUCUUUGCCCUAUCAUUGAAGUUCGAGGCUUGACAAAGAAGCCCACUCAUUUCCGUUUCCUAUUUCAAAAUGGCCGAUCUCCCCAUCAUCGAACAGAUUCUAGAAGUGAGUAAUUACGCUUUUCUUUUAUCAGAAAACUUUCUGAAGAAGAUUGAUUGUAAAACUAAUAGUAGAGUUAUUUGUAACAUGUAUUCUGUUUGUUUAUAGAGAUGGACUGACCUUAUCGAGCGUGUUAUCAUAUAAAAUUCAUCGUUAGGACAUACUGUAUUGAUUUGUUUUACCACAGACAUUGACGUUUUGAAACAAGUGAACGGAAUGUUCUUUUCUGAAAAAAAAAUAUACUUUUAGACAUAAUUUAUACCACAGUUUAAUCAGAUUUCUUUAUUGAACGUGCGCUUAAUAAUAUAAUUUAUUAUUUUGUGCAGAAUGAAAUCGAACUCUGUUGUGCUGUUAAUAAGAAUGAGAUGGCAUCAUCUCAAAACAUACAGUUGAAAGAGGUGGGCAGCUAUAUUUGCUAACUUUUUCAGUCCUUUAGAGAUAUCACAAUAAGUGUGUUAUGUGUCCACUUGAUACGAGUGUUCAUUAUUAUAAAACAUUCUUAUUUUAAAAUUUUAAAGAAACCUAAGUUUGUUGAUUAUAGUAGUGUCAGUUUGUUUAUUUAAAAUAAAUGUAAUUGUUAUCUGAUCAAAGUAUAAUAAAUGUAAUUGUUUUUCUUAUUUUGCAGAAGCGUCUUAAUAUUUAAUAAUGUUGCAAAGCAAGACUAGUAUAUUAUCAUAUAUAGCAAUUAGCAUAUUAUCAGUACAAGCAAAACAAUAUAUUUUGAUAAUAAAUGAUUUUGGUGAUUUCUUUCUAAUCAUCAGAAGUAUUGAUCAAUUAAUAAUUGCAAUAUGUUUGCAGCUUGACUUGGAAAUAAUUGACAGUGUGUGCACGUCACUGUCACAGAACUGCGUGUUACACAGUGCAAGAGAUUUCUUCAAGCAAGCAUCAAGAUCACAGCUGCUUGACAAGAUGGGAUUUUUGAAUGCCUGCUUGGUGCACAAGACAAAACUUCCCCAUUCUGACAGAGAAAAGUCAUGGGGAAACUUCCAUAAGGCAAACAUUCAAAACAUGGGAGCAUUGAACAGCGUGACAGGAUCUCCAAUGAUAUCAUCGUGGUUAACUUUACGAUGCUUUGAAUGUUUACUUAACAAAAAUUACCUGGUAAUCGCCUCCUCAACAAAUAUAGACAACAUAAAUGAAGAGUUGUCAGAAGAUAUCCUGGACAUAGUAAACUACAUUGGAGGGAGUAUUAUUACUAAAAUGAAACAGAGGCUGCAACGGGGUAGGGAGAACUCUUCAAAGGAAGAACAGCUGUUGUGUCUGGCACAUCUAACUCAGGAAGAUGAUGGUGUGCACAGCCUUACUAGCACCUUAAAUAGAGGUGGUCUGGUAUUUUUAAAGCCUGCAACCAAAUAUUUUUUCCAUCUGCUGGAGAAAAAGACCCUUGAGGUCUUUACUUUAGAGUCUGUAGAAAGGUGCAGACUGGUUGAUUUUCAAACCAUGUGCAGCCAGGAUAGUGUAAUAGCGUCGGCAUUCAGCGGACUGACAUAUGAGGCAGAAAGUGCCGAGGACAAUAAGGAGGCUGUGUUUGAAGGGAUUGUCAGAUUAUAUUUUAAGGUGCGAGUUCACCAUGAAUGCAGACAAUAUAUGGAAAAACAAAAACUCAGUGCGGUCUUUGCCAAAAAAAGUCUGCGAAAAACCCUUAAAUCAAACAGCCAAACACAGUAAGUUUUAUUGUAUGAUGU